CUUGCCUUUCGGUCGCUCUCCGCCCCCCUCCUGCCCCUCUCUCCCAAGUUCGCCGCUGAGCCGCGGCGCCUCCGGAGCGGCUGGCUGCGGGCUGCCCCUGCCCCGCUCCCGGCGCUGCCCGCGGCGGGGCGGGCGGGCACGGCGGCGAGCCGAGGCGACCCAGGGAGCGGCCCGCCGCCCCCGGGGAAGGCUCUGCUCUGGGGAGCAGCCGGGGGAGGCGGCUGGCACAGACGCCGAAGCUCCGCCGCCCACCCCCCGGCACCGCCGCAGUCUGCCCAGCGCUGGCAGCCCCGGGAGAUGGUGACACAUGAAGCGUGCGGGAAGGACCAUGGUUGAGAGGACCAGCAAGUUCUUGCUGAUCGUGGCCGUCUCGGUGUGCUUCAUGCUUAUCCUGUACCAGUACGUGGGGCCGGGGCUGAGCCUGGGUUCCCCCAGCGGCCGCUCUUACUCGGAGGAGCUGGACCUCUUUCCCACGCCGGACCCGCACUACGUGAAGAAGUAUUACUUCCCCGUGCGGGAGCUGGAGCGGGAGCUCGCGUUCGACAUGAAGGGCGAGGACGUGAUCGUCUUUCUGCACAUCCAGAAGACCGGCGGCACCACCUUCGGCCGCCACCUGGUGCAGAACGUGCGGCUGGAGGUGCCGUGUGACUGCCGGCCCGGGCAGAAGAAGUGCACCUGCUACCGGCCCAACCGCCGGGAGACCUGGCUCUUCUCGCGCUUCUCCACGGGCUGGAGCUGCGGGCUGCACGCCGACUGGACCGAGCUCACCAACUGCGUGCCCGGAGUGCUGGACCGCCGGGAGAGCGCCGCCGCCAAGACGCCCAGAAAAUUUUACUACAUCACACUGCUGAGAGACCCCGUAUCUCGUUACCUCAGCGAAUGGCGUCACGUCCAACGAGGAGCUACUUGGAAGACCUCCUUGCACAUGUGUGAUGGCAGGACACCAACUCCUGAAGAGCUGCCAUCGUGCUAUGAGGGCACGGACUGGUCGGGCUGCACGCUGCAGGAGUUCAUGGAUUGCCCAUAUAAUUUGGCCAACAACCGCCAAGUGAGGAUGUUGGCUGACUUGAGCUUAGUGGGCUGCUACAACAUGUCCUUCAUCCCAGAGAACAAGCGAGCACAGAUCCUGCUGGAGAGUGCAAAAAAAAACCUCAAAGACAUGGCCUUCUUCGGCCUGACAGAGUUCCAGAGAAAGACUCAGUACCUGUUUGAGAGAACUUUUAACCUGAAAUUCAUCCGGCCCUUCAUGCAGUACAACAGCACGCGGGCAGGAGGGGUGGAGGUGGAUAACGACACCAUCCGCAGGAUCGAGGAGCUCAAUGACUUGGACAUGCAGCUCUAUGACUAUGCAAAGGACCUCUUCCAACAGCGCUACCAGUACAAACGGCAGCUGGAGAGGAUGGAGCAGAGGAUAAAGAACCGGGAAGAGAGGCUUCUUCACCGGUCCAAUGAAGCACUUCCCAAGGAAGAGACCGAAGAGCAAGGACGUUUGCCCACUGAGGACUACAUGAGCCAUAUUAUAGAGAAGUGGUAGCCUAGGCAGACUUUUAUAUUAAUGAUAUUCUAGGGUUUCCAUAUAAGAGAUCAUGGAAGUAAAAUUGCAAAAACAACAAAAAAAAAUAUUUUAUUUAAAAACAAGUCUGUAAAACAGAAGAUAGAUUGCUUCCUUAAGCAUAGGGUCUUUUUACUGUUUCUUACAAGACCGAUGAUAUUCUUAAAAAAACAAUAAAUACAUAAAAAUAAAAAAAGGGUCAACAUUCUAAUGCAGAGGUAAAAAAUGCACAAAUGCAGUUACCCACUCAUACAAAGAAUACAAAAUACAAAAGAAUGUUUCUUAUCCUCACAAUUUUAACACAAAUGGCAGAAGUAGGAAUUUUUGAAAUCUCUUUCUCCCCUGGGCAUAAUGAUCUAAAGAUACAUAAUUAAAAAGAAGGAAAUAGAGGUUUUCUUUUAUGGGGGUGGUGGGAUGGGAAUUGCAUUGUUUGUCAGUAACUGAUAAUGGUGACUAAGUUGAGGAUUGGCCAUCCUGUCAGGCUGGGAUCUCAGCACACAGGCACUCACAGCGUUUCAGCUGGCAGCCACUGCCAGAAAGUAGAGCACCAUUAAAAAAAAAAGAAGAAAACCAGUCAGAGGAUGAGAAACAUUAAAGCAAAUUGACUACAGCCUGGGAUAUGUACUUAGCACAGUGGUUCUGAUGCAUUACACUGGUAUCACAUAUACAUACGCAGCUUCAUCACAAAAGUAAUAGGGAAUUCAUGCACAAAACUCCCAGAUUUGUUUCCCAGACAGGUCCCACAACAAGUCAAAAGCCAACCAUAGACUCAAACCUGCAUUCCCAUGUUAUCCUGUCAGCUUACACCACUACCACUCAAGCCACCAUCAGUAUUGUGUGUUAACAGCACAUGAAAACCCUCUCCUACAUACUAAAAAAAAAGAAAGAAAAGUUUAAAUACUCCUUCAUAAAUCCACACAAAAUUCAGACCCCGCAAAUGAUCAGUCAUUAAUGGGAACAUGACAAAGGGGUGGUUGUGUUUUGUUUGUUGCUAUGUGAAAUACUGACCCAGAAUAAGCUUACAGACGUACUCUAGCUGUAUUAUUUCAGUUAUUUUUACUUGCUUUUAUCAAGAGGUAAUGGGCAUCAGCUGGCUUCCAGUGAAGUCACUAGAACUGAUUUAAGUGGGAACAGGAUGGGGCUGUCUUUCAGAGCUGUGAAAAUUUCUGACUAUGGGUCUGAAUUAUGAGACAGUGCACAUUGUCUUUUGGCAGGGUGCCUGUUCUGCAGCCCUUACUUUAAAUGAACAAGCUGUGUUCAUAAAACUGGAAAGGAGAAUCAUGGAUAGUGUUUUUUUAGUCUCAGACCACUCUCAAAGCAGAACUCUUUCAAUGCUGUUUUUUAGGGCCUCAUGUAAGUUUAAUCCUCCAGUGUGGGGACAGUCUAACCAGGUUCUGCUUACUGACUUUUCAGUCAUAGUUCAGUCAUAGAACAACAAUGGCUUCUCUAAUUCCUCUUCCCACUCGCCAAAUUAAAAUAUGGCUCAUUUUUUUGCUGUUGCAAGCACUUCUUUGUUUGGCUGGAAGCAUGGAAAUGAAGUAGUUUUUGCCUGGUU